AUGCCCGGUUUUGACUUCACAAACUAUAACCGUAACUCGGCCCUACACGCCCGCGGCGUCCCCCUUCCCAAGGCAACUAGCACUGGUACAACCAUCGUAGGAUGUAUCUUUGAUGGAGGCGUGGUGGUAUAUUGCGGCAGACACAAGGGCUACCAGCGGGCCUAUAGUAGCGGACAAGAACUGCGAGAAGCUUCACUACAUUGCCCCCAGAUCUGGUGCGCGGGUGCCGGAACGGCCGCCGAUACCGAGUUUACCACCGCCAUCAUCUCCUCUAAUCUUGAGUUGCACUCCCUAUCGACCGGCCGCCAGCCCCGUGUCGUCACCUGCAUGACUUUGCUCAAGCAGCACCUGUUCCGGUACCAGGGCCAUAUCGGUGCUUACCUCGUCGUCGCUGGCGUCGACCCCACCGGCACCCAUCUCUUCACCGUUCAUGCCCACGGCAGCACCGACAAGCUCCCCUAUGUCACCAUGGGCUCUGGAUCCCUCGCCGCCAUGUCCGUUUUCGAGACCCAAUGGAAGCCCGACCUGACCCGUGACGAGGCGGUGGAGCUGUGCAGCCAAGCCAUUCUUUCUGGUAUCUUCAACGAUCUAGGUUCCGGCUCCAACGUCGAUGUAGCCAUCAUAACCAAGGACAAGACGACCCUCAAGCGUGGCUACGUCAAGCCCAACGAAAGGACCGCUAAGACUCAGAGUUACAAGUUCCCCAAGGGCACUACUGCUGUGCUGAAUGAAAAGGUCAUCCGAAAGGGUGAUAUCGGCCGGUAUGUUGAUAUCCAGGACGUGCCGCUCGAGGGCGAGACCAUGGACGUGGAUUCUUGA